AGCUCGGGUGUGCUGUGGGGUCUGGGGCGGCGGAGCCUGUGGGAAAUGACGCCAAUGUCACUGUCCCGAUACAGCCCCGCAGGUAUCCCCGUAGCGGCGUAUCUCCCUAGGGCCUGAUAGCGUGGCCAUACCCCCGUCCCUGGGCCGCCCCAGCGCCAGGAGUCCCGGGUCGGGGUUCAGCGCCUCGGCUUGGUUUGCUCCGGCCCCUGGGACGCGUGGCGAGAAGGCGCCGGGGCAGGUAAUCGUGGCGCCUUAGUGACCCGGUGUUUCUGUGGUCAAGGGCGUCUGCUCGCCUGGCAGUGUUUGAAAAGGGAAACGUUACCCAGGAAACCCCUCCCUCGGCCGGGGCAAGGCCAGCCAAGCGGCGCAGGGUAAAUCAAAUAACCCAAACCGAAGAAGAAACAUACAAGAUAAUGUAAUUUGCGGCUCUGUUGCACCUGCUAGCCAGCGAUCCCAAAGUGCUUUCUAUAUAAACUCAUGAAGUGAACCUCCUGCCCUGCUCACCUUUGGAGUAACAGCCCAUUUUAUAAAUGGGGAAGGAGAAGCUGCAACUUGCCUAAGAUGAGAUCACACCAGCCUGUGGCAAAGUCGACCAAAAACCGCAAUCUCCUUCCCUCAUUAUAUUUGAACAAUCAGAACAUGGUUCUUAGGAGUGCCCCUCUGGCACUAGUGACUUUUGUUUCUUUCAUGUACUGCUUAAACUGGCUUAUCCUUUCAUCAACACAAGUUGAUUUACCUCACCCACCCUGCCUCUAGGAUGGUGAACAGUUAGUUCUACAAGUAUACAUUAGUAUACCGUUUUGUAUUAGAUUUUUCAUGGAUUUUGAGUAUUUGAUUUAUAAUUCACUAUUUCUGAGAAAAAUAAGGUGAAUAGUAAAACAAAGUUUCAAUCGCUGGCAUAUAAUGCUCCCACUAUAUAUUGUGGAUUUGGGACUUUGCAUUUCGUUAGUAGCUUCCAAGUAAUUUCUGGAGAAAUUCCCCUAAAAUGGAGACAAAAUGGAAAUUUUUGUAGGUUGGAUUUAGGGAGAAAAUAAUGCUGAAUCCAGGCCUAGAGAGUUUUUAUACUAUAAAAUAAUGCUUGUGGUGAGUCAGAAUAAAAUUAGCUCCUCAGAUAAAUUGACCUAAACAUAUCAAUCUAAUUUCAACAGAUGUUUCUAGGAAAAAAUACUAAUUUAGAGGACUCCCAUUAACUAGAUGCAUUUUGAGUUUGUUGCAAUUAAUUCAGACAACAAAAGAUUAAUAGAAAUUGUAGCUUGAGGGGUUUUUUUGCUGAAAAACAUAAAUUCUCAUCUAAAACCUUUUGACAACUGGUUUUAAAUCCCUUAUUCUAGAAAAAGAUGGUAACUGAACGACUGUGAUAUAGUAUUUGAUAAUAGAUAUGUUGUACAAUUAUUGGCCAUUUUAUAAUCCCAUUGAUUUCAGUAGAAGUUAGGAACCUAAAUACCUCCGAGGUUCUUGGCCAAAGAUCUUAGAAUCUGGAUUUACUUUGACAAAACAGGAAAAAGCAAUGGGAUAGAGACCGAGAGGGAGGAAAGAAGGAAGGAAGGAAUAUGUAGAAUAAGGCACUGGGGUGGGUGGUACAGUAAGCAUAGGCUUUUUGUUUGUUUUUAUAGUGAUAGAAAAUUACAUCCGUGUAAAACACAAGAUUGGAGAAUUUGUGGUUUGUAGGCCAAGGGCCUAAAGAGACAAUUAAAUCUCUUGUUUUAAAGGAACCAUUAGAUAUGGUAAUCUCAGUCAUCAACGAAAAAUGUAAACAGUGUUUGCAGUCUAAAUGGAAUAGGAGGAAGAAGAAGAAUACUUUGCACUCCUCAGGUCUUUUUACUGAGGAUCUUAAAGCACUUUAUGAACAAUCAUUAAUCAAGACUCAUAACAGCCAUGGGAGGUCAAUGAGAAUUAUUAUUUUCAUUUUAGUGAUAGGGAUACUGAGGCACAGAGUUGUUAAAUGACUUUCCUAAUGUCUCAAAAGAGGGGUCUGAUCAAAGUGACCUUGUGUUCCUUAUUCAGGUAAAACUACUGAAGUCAGGAUCAGAACUCAGUGAAGGGCAGAACUGGGAAUUAAAGCCAGACACUCAAUUCUGUCCUUUUAAUGAUAAUCUAUCUGUCUCUAUUUGUUAAUCAUAAAUAGGGCAUCUUAAUUUAGGUUUUAACCAAAAAACACAAAUAAAACAACCCCCGAUGCAAAACAAAUUAAAUUGGUGCUUAUCCAGUAAAUACCAGAAAAGGUUACUUGUGUCUGAGAGCUUGUCUACAUGGAGCAGUAAUGCAGACUAUGGGAGGUGUGAUUUGUAAUGCACACUAACAUAUUGCAACGUUAAUUGGUCUCAGUAGACCUUGCUGAUGCUCACUAGGGAACAUUACAAAGAGAUUACUCAUUACAGCAUAUAUGACUGUAAUGAGUAAUAUAUAUAUAACAUAUACAAAGAGAAAGCCAUGAAAAACCCUGGUUUUUGGACAUCUACAUAAAAUUCAAAAAUUGAUACAAAUAAUCCUCCAAAAAUUAAAUUAAUAAACUCAGAAAACCAGAAGCACUAAUCAUCAGCCUGUCUAUACUAGCACGUUUGGUACUUGUCAGCAACCUGACAGGUAGUGUAUAUUUAUGGCAGCAAAGGAUCUAAAGCAAGUGUUGUGUAAAAGCCAAGGAAGUGUAUGUGCCUUUUUGAUGUUGAACCUUGCACCCAGGCCAAGAAACAACCUUUAUUCUGGUUUGACCAGGCAUUUGCUUUUACCAGUCUAGAUAAGAUGUGUCCUAUUACCAGUCAGAUUUGUCAGCUUCCAACACUGAUCCAGGAAGCCUUUCUUGCAUUGAAACAAUGCAUUGAUGGUUCAAUACCCCGCUAAAAUGAGGGUUAAAUAGCAUGAAAAAUCUGGGUAUUGGAAUCCGUGGAGAAAUUAUCACAGUUUGAAAUGUGCAUAUCCGUAGAUAGGAUUAAUGAUACAGGGACUUGCCUAUUCCCACAUCCUCUCUUGCUUCAUGGAUGAAGCCAAGUGUCCUUGGACUACUUUUCCAUUUUGAUUCUUGCAUGCUGAAAUGUCAUAGGUGUGAAUGACUGCAUGGCUUCAGACUCUGCCAUUCUUGCCCACCUACCAAAAAUAAAUCCAGACACUGGAAGAAAUACAUCUUGUGUUUGUUAGAUGCACUGUAGAAAUAUAGAAAACUAUAUACAGUAAUUAAAUACUUUUUGAUAAAAGAAGAAUGGAAAAUGUUACUCAGAAUACUAAUGCAAACCUCAGUUGCACAACUGCAAUUAUGCAAUUCACUGGGUUACUUAGGUGAUAUUUAGUUGUAUAGAAGGUGUGUUCACAUCAAAGGGAGUGUUAAGCCUACUAGUCAGUACUUAACUCUUUGCAGUUUGUCUUUAGGUUUUGCUGGAAUCAAAGCCUUCAGCCUGAAUCCAGGACCUACUUACAAGCUCUCUGCUGCUUUUUUCUAAAACUUUUGUACGAAGUGGAAACAGAUUCAAACUGAAUGGAAUACCAUUUUUGACUUACAGGAUUUAUCAUAACCCUUACUGUUACCUAGUGCUAAGAUACAAACGAAAUUUAAAAAUCCAUCUGGAAUUCAGUGACAUCCAAUACAGGCACCAGUGAAUAUGUCAUUCAGUCAAACUAGACCUCCAACAUCAGAGUUGGUAGAGCUUCAUGUUUUUUAUGUCCCAGAAGAAGUGUGGAACUUCACAUUAAAUACAGUUUCUGCAGCUCUUACUAGCAAAUUCAUUUCAGCUGGAUUUAUAAGGGUGCCUCGUCAUGUCACACUGAGGGUACUGCGGGAGCAGCUUGGAGACUUCCUGGGUGAAGAUGCUGUUGCAGAUAAGUUUAUAUUUCUGAAACAUAUAGGGAAAAAGCUAGCAGUGGUGAAGGCAAAACAAGAAACAGAACUGAAACUCAAGUUAUUUGCUCCCCCACAUGCACUUCAUCCCGAAUUAUAUUUGCUCCCUGGAGUGGACCACUUAGAAAUUGCUUAUUCAUCAUCAUCAACUCCAGAUACACAGCACUUUAAUGUAGAAUCCCAUAGGUCUCCCCAUGGACCAAGUACUUUAAGUCUUCCAAAGAAAAAGCCUGAAAAAAGUCCAACAUUUCUAGAAGGUCCACAGAAACAUACUCUCAGGCAGAAUCAGGAAGAUUCUAGCUCUUUAGAAUGGAGUGAGACAGCAAAAGAAAUGAUUCCAGUUUUGCACAUAAAACCUGAACAAAGCCUGAACAACAGGACUCAGGAAAAAAAGAUUCCACAUAGAAGGAAAGACCAAACUGGAUCCAAUGGAUCUCUCCACAUACCAAGUAGUUUAAAUCCCACGAAGUGGGAACCUGGAAAAAAUCCUACAUCUUUGGAAAGUGCUCAGAAAAAUCAUCUCAGCCAGGAUCAGAAAGAAUCUAAUACACUUAGGUGGAGCCAGAAAGACAAAGGGACUCUUUCAGGUCAUCAUGUAAAACAGAGCAUUGAACAAGCCAAGAACAAUGAGACUCAGGAAAAUCACAUUCCCCCUGGAAAAAAAGAAGAAAUCCCUACAGUGGUGGGUGCAAAUGUGGAAAAUAGAUGCAAUCUAAAAGCUAUCAGGAUGGGAAGAAACACUACAGGGGAUUCUGAAAUUCCAGAAUCAUUGGAAGAUGGAGACAAGGAAUAUUUGCACAAUAAGAAAAGUCCUCAGCCGUCUGGAAUGGGAGAAUCUGGGGCUGAUAGUGGUAUCAAACAGGAUGAUAAGACAGAUAAGAAUAACGUAACUCAUCUUGAGUAUUCAAGUCGAUACAUUUCUCCUCCUCCUCCACCGGCUCUUUCUAUAAACAGAGCUCAAGUUCCCAUAUUUCAGACAGAGAAAAGCAAGAUGGUUGAACAACUGAAACAAAUGAAGGCAGAAAGAAGGCACAUGGAAAGAACUAGAGAGGAACUGGUUAAAAAAGUCAAAGGUUUGCUUGAACAAAAUAAGCUGAGGAGAUAUCAUGCCCGUGAUGCAUGGAAAAAGAAAUACUUUGAAACUAAGAAAGCUACCACUUCAUUGGAGGACAUUUUAAAUAAACUGCGACAAGAUUUAGAGCUUUACUACCAAAAGUUACUGUUGCAGCUGGAAGCCAGAGAUAUCAGGAAACGACCAAACAAUUUAACACACAUUGCAAACGCCAAGAACACCACAAUCAUCCAGAUUACAACAGUGCAGCACGAAAUUGAUCAACUGAAGAGAAAGUUGGAUAAUACAAAAAUGAAACUCAUAAUCGAAAUUAAGAUGAGAAAGCAGGCAGCCUCUGAUUUACGAGCAUUGAGAGCAGAGCUGGCACAGAAGAAAAUUCAGUCAUCUUUAAUACUCCAGUCUGAAACACCAAUAUUUUAGAAGGAUCACAUUACUUGGGAUUGUGUGAUAUAUUUGUAUCGAAGCUCAACAUAUCAGUAGUUGGUUUUAUGUUCCUAUGCUUUUAUUGUACAGACUUCUCAA